AGAUAGAGAGGGUCCUCGCCUCUUACAAAUCCGGCCCUCAAACCGCCUUCAACAAACCCUCCUCCUCUCGUUCCCAGCAGCUGAAUCUCCCUCAUUCCCUACCCAAACCGCACCUCUGCAAUGGCGCCCUCCGUCGUAACGAUAGACACCUCAGACGACUUCUUCGCCGCCCCUUCGGUGGCGACAGGGUCGAAGCGAACUCUCCUCCUCGCGCCGCCCUCGCUCGCCUCUCACCCCUCCGCCCUCACCAGCGUCGUCUCCCAGUAUGACCGCUCCGUUACGGACCUCCAGAUGAUCGACAGGCUGUCAGCCGGCCUCGUCAAGCUUCCCCCCGCCACAUACGACCUCGUUCUAGUCCUCGCCGAUGCGUCGUCUUCGCUGCAUGAGACCCUCCCGCUAUUGACCCGGAACAUACUCGGCCCCCUCGCGGAGUCGCUCAAACCAAAGGGCCGGCUGCAGUCGCAGGACGGGUCAGACCUGGGGCAGAACGCCGCGCUGGCAAAGGAGGCCGUCCUGGCGGGCUUGGUUGCGUCCAACGGAGGCUUCGACAAGCCGGACUACGGCGAUGGCGAAGGCGUAGUCUCUCUGAAGCUGGGAAGCAGGAAGAAGAAGGCCGAGGCGGCGCCCGCUGUCCAGAAGGUCGAAGAAGUCAAGCCUGCUGCUGCCCCUGCUGGCGUCGGCUUCAUCGACUUCUCCGACGAUCUCGACGCCGAUUACGAUGACGACGAGCUCAUCGACGAAGACACCCUCAUGACGGAAGAUGACCUCAAGCGACCCAUCAACAUCCCCCCCGAAUGCCAGCCUAAGGCCGGCAAGCGCCGCCGCGCCUGCAAAGACUGCACCUGCGGCCUCGCCGAGCGCCUCGAGGCUGAAGACGCCGCCAAGCGUGCCGCCGCCGACAAGGCCCUGCAGAGCGUCAAGCUCGCCGCCGACGACCUGACCGAGGUCGACUUCACCGUCCAGGGCAAGGUCGGCUCGUGCGGAAACUGCGCGCUGGGCGACGCCUUCCGGUGCGACGGAUGCCCGUACAUUGGGCUCCCGCCGUUCAAGCCCGGCGAGGAGGUCAGGUUGCUGAACAAUGAGAUUCAGCUGUGAUUCUGUUUUGUUUGGGACGGGGUUUGGGAUUUGGGAAUUAUCACUGCGAGUAUGGGUGGCGAAUUGCUGAUUUUGUGUGGCUUGCGUGAUGGAGUUUACGGUUCAUUCAAGAUGAUGUCGAUCAAGAUCUGGCUGGAUACGGGAUAACGAAAACCCUGAACGCUCAUGGCGUCUCGACUUGAA